AUGCCGACCAUGGAGAGUCGCCAACCACUCCCCGAGCGCCCCAGCUCAAACGACUACAUCGACGAAACACAACUGUCGUUCAACGCACUCGAGGCGCAGAGAUGGGAUCGCGCAUUAGAGAGCUCUCAGCGCGCACUGGACCAGUCGAUGAACUUACCCUCCUUUCAGGACCUUUGUAACUACAGCGCACCCAUCCGGGGCCGCGACUUUCAGGGCAGUCCAGUCUGGUCUGAAGGUGCUAUGAGCGAUGGCCCAAGUGAUGAUACUUUCCAGUCUCCUUCCAGCGACACUACUGUUAAGUUGAGCAGCGGCUACAAGGAACUCGAGGACAGCAGUGCCUAUACCUUCUUUCCGACGCCUUUCACCGUCGCCGCGACAUCAGAGACGGGUGCUACGAAUGGCUCCGCGUCCAGCGAUUCUGAUAUCUCACCGUUGUCUCAGCGCCAGUCUUUCACUCGCGUCGCGGUCGAGUCACCUUUUCGACCUGAGUUCGGCGGUCCGGUCCAGACUCCCGCCAGCCACGGCAUGAGGUGGUCUCCUGCGCAGCUGCAGAAAGAGAUCUCACGAAACUCCGACAGCUUCUAUUCCCACCCCAGCAUUGCAAAGACUCAUGUUCCCUCCCGUCCGCAGUCAACGUUCCCCAUUCCACGAAACAUGCCUUUCGAGGAGAUGAUCGUACCGCGCGGACCAAACCUGCACCAGCGAAGGCUCGAUGCCAGAGUAUCAAGCUCACCGGGUAUGCCGUCGCCCCUCGGUCCUGGUCGUAUGCGAGAGCAGCUCCACGAGGGAGACGUGGGAAAUGUAUCGCUGUCACCAGUUCCGAACGGACGUCUCCACACGAGCGAUCAGAUGAAGUACGGAAAGCACAACCCAAGCAACAAGGAUACGAAGAACGCCUGGCAGAACAUCCCGUCUCCACAUUCACCUACCGUGCAGCGCUACGCAUCCAGCGGCUCGAUUGACUCGCCCAUGUUCGACGUAUACCCGCGCAGCGCUGAGAUAGACGAAGAAGGAAACUUGACUCUGGGUGGCUCGCCGUACAGUAACGGGUCUGGACAUGCGCGAAAGCACACUGAUCCUUUCGUCGACCAUAAGCCGUUCCAAAGCAGCACAGGAUCUACGACUCGCAUGUGUGGAGUUGGUGCGCUUCCCCUACCGACUGGUACUCGUCCACCGCCUGUCCACCCUAGCAUGUAUGACGUUAUUCGGAAGAACCCUGCUGGCAUUCAGAUGUGUGGAAGUAACAGUGGGAUUAGCUGGGAUCCCAAAUCUCCGGAGUUCGUGGGCAUGGUAUCUGCUGAUCGCCUACGUGGUAGUAACAGUGGCUUCGACACCGGAUCUCAGUCGUUCAACCGCCCGCCGUUUGUUGAUGUUCGAACAUGUGGAACUACGCCUCUUGAUCGCCCGUCUAGCAUCAUUGUGUGUGAAGCUCCUCUAGCCACACCAUCACCAUCUGAGACUCGCAUGAACAGCGGCUUCAAGCCCUUCGUAACCUCAUCUCAGUCAUUCGGCAAGCCUUUCAUGCCCUCAUCUGAGUCGUUCGGCCUACCAUUCACCGCAACAUGGCCCACCUCCGCGCCCGCGACAUCCGGCUUCGCCACCCCAGCCUCAACAGAAGACUCUCACUCCGCACGCGAACCAAGCUUCCAAUCCCGUCUACCCCUCCGCUCAAACCUACCCAUCCCACCUCCCCCACUCUCCUCCAUCUCAGGCCAAUACGACCACAGCCCCUCAGCCCGCGCCCGUCUCGACGCUCAGAAGCCCAUCCGCUCAGCCUGGAUCCGCUCCGAAGCAUCCAAAAUAGCCCAACUAGCAAAACUGCGCCACGCAAUGGAGAAGCGGUAUCUGGAAACCCGUUCCGACGCCGACUACGAGGCCUGGCAGAAUCUUCAAGUGGCGUAUGAAGAUGCUACGGAUCUGGAGAAGAGGCAGGUAGAGAGGCGGAACCUUUUUCUUAGAGAGAAGAAGAUGGAGGCUUUGAAGACUGAUGUUGUUGGGGAUAUGUCUGCUGCGACUGCGGGUCGUGGUGGUGUUGGGGUGGAGGGAGAGGAGAAGUUGCUCGGGUAUAAGAUGGCGCUUAUGGAGCGUGUGUGUGCUGAGGUUAAGCCUGAUGGGGAGGAGGAGGCUAUUACGGGCGAGAUGUUGGCGACGUUGAGUAAGGAGGAGAAGAAGGCUAUAAGGAAGCUGCUUGUUGGUCGUAUGGAGCGGAAGGCUUGA